AUGAUGGCCCAACGUUGGCAACCAGAAGAAGAUGCCAUCUUGAAAGCAUACGUGAAGCAAUAUGGCCCUAAAGAAUGGAACCUUAUUUCUCAGCCUAUGCCAAAACCUCUCAAUCGAGACCCCAAGUCCUGUCUCGAACACUGGAAAAACUACCUCAAACCCGACAUUAAAAGGGGUUCUUUAACCCCAGAAGAACAUUCUUUAGUCAUUUCUUUAUAGGCCAAGUACGGCAACAAGUGGAAAAAGAUUGCCAAUGAAGUCCCCGGAAGAACGGCGAAAAGACUAGGCAAGUGGUGGGAAGUUUUUAAGGAGAAACAGUCGAAACAAUUGCAUAAGCAAAGAAGAGAGUAUUCGGAUCAAGAAGGGAAUGUUAUUCAAGUCACUUUGGCGUUGGUUUCAUCACCGAAAAAGGUUGCUCAGGGGAGGUACGAUCAUAUUUUAGAGACUUUUGUGGAGAAGUACGUUCAUACCAGGUCAACAAGUGGGCACUUUGAUAUAGUGCUGUAA